CCUUGGUACUUAAAAGUUUACUGUUUACAUUGUAAACCUGCUGUUUAUUGCUUCCAUUUCCAUUAGGAUUUCCUAAUAUUAGUGGAUGGGAAAUGUCUUCCUUAAUAACGUGAAGUGAUCAUAGACUAAACGACUGGUAUAACUUGAUCUUAGUUUAUUAGACGACAAUUAAUGAAUUUUAAUGGAGUAAUUCCAGAAAACAAAAAACUAUGUCUGCUAGUGAAGAGCAGCCACUUUUGGGUCCAAAUCCAAGGUUGGAUCAGCGCAUCUUCAUUCCUGCACCACCCUCACGCCAAAUAAGUAACUUGAGAAGAUCGCUACCAAGAAAUGUCAGCAAAGAUCAAUUUCCUCAAGAUGUACACAACAUCCAGAGUACUCAGCGCACUAGAUUAAGUGCUGCCUGGCAGCUUAGGCUUGCCAUUUUUACCAUUUUGUCAUCUGUAGUCCUAGAGAGGAUCAGCUUUUAUGGGUUGACUGGAAACCUUGUUCUGUUUUUGAAUAAGAACCCUUUCCUAUGGGAGUCCUACAAUGCCAUGAAUGCUAUGUUUCUCUUCUUUGGUAUAACCUACAUAACAUCUCUUAUAGGAGGCUGGAUAGCAGAUUCUUGUUUAGGCAGGUUCAAAUUUAUGCUGUUGGCUUUUGUUAUCUAUGGAUUGGGUUAUGCCCUGCUACCUUGCGUUGCUUUAAACUCAGAUGAAAAUGCCAGCACUGAGCUUUUACCAGGCAUCUGUCAACAGAGCAAUUCAACUGCAACUGCAAAUAAUCUUUUCGAAGAGAAAUGUGCUUGGCUUAUAAUUCUGACACUCAUUAUAGUUGGCAUCGGGGCAGGAUUGCUCAAGUCCAGCAUAGUUCCUUUUGGAUCAGAACAGCUGUCAAGGUCCAGCCAACAAACUCAGUUAAGUUUCUUUAAUUGGUUUUACUGGUGUGUCAAUUUUGGAAGCUUUGUUGGACUCGGAGGUGUGACCUACAUCCAGCAACAGAAGAGCUUCAAGAUUGGGUAUAUCAUUGGGGCUGCAACAUUGGGCAUGUCUUGUAUCAUAUUUAUAAUGGGUCGAUGUUUUUAUGUUUGUCGUGUACCAGACGGCAGCAUGCUCACCAAUAUAUUUAGAAUCAUCAGAGAAGCAUGGAAGAGAAAUAAGCAGCUACAGCGAUUACGCAGUUUACAUCAGAAAUCUGCCUCAGAAGGCCAUGGACAUAUUGAAAGCACUCACGAAGAGAAAAUAGGUUUUCUUGACCAUGCUAAGCACCGCUAUGGAGGCAGCUUCCAUAACUCUCUUGUUGAUGAUGUUAAGAAACUCGGCGUGGUACUAUUGGUUUUUGCCGUUCUUAUUCCAUAUUGGAUUGUUUACUUCCAGAUGCAGACCUCCUUCUUGUUUCAAGGACUGCACAUGAGAUUGGAUAUAAGCAGUGUGCCCUUCACACCAAUUGAAAAUAAUUCAAAACUUGUGAAUAAUUCAAAACCUGUGGAUAACACAAAACCCGAGAUAGUGGCAGCCUGGUUCACCCUUUUCGAUGCUUGCUUCGUCAUUCUCCUGCUUCCACUUUUUGAUAGAGUGAUCUACCCUCGCAUGGCUAGAGCAGGACACCCAUUCACUUUUACAAAAAGAAUUUUGCUGGGAAUGUUUUUUGCAAUGCUGGCCAUGAUUGUAGCAGCAAUAGUUGAACACUUUCGACUGAAUAGUUUUUGGCCUUACCCUGAUUUCCCGUGCCAGAGUCGGGGUAUCAAUCAAACAAUAGGUAAUACAGUUUAUCAGGCAGCAGACAUGUCUAUAGUUUGGCAGAUCCCACAAUAUGCUCUGAUUGGCGUGAGUGAAGUAUUUGCAAGUGUAGCAAGUCUUCAGUUUGCAGUCACUGUAGCACCAAAGUCUAUGAAGGCAGUCAUCACUGGCCUGUACUACUUUUUUUCUGGUGUCGGAAGUUUACUUGGCACUGCAAUCAUCAGCACUCUUUCGUAUAGCAAUACCUGGUUUAACAGUCAAGAUUACGGCAAUAUUAACUGCAGGCUGCCCUGUAACAACUCUGGGCACUCUAAUGUCACUGUGUACUCAAACUCAGACAGCUGUCAUCUGGAUUACUAUUUCUAUCUUCUUGCAGGUGUAGAGCUACUGGCUAUGAUUCUGUUUCUCAUUGUGGCCAACAAGUUUGGGCUGAAUGUGGAUCAGCUGGUUCAGACUGGUCCUUCAAGGGAGGAUAACAAAGGGAAGCAAUUAGAGAGACCUGGUGCCAAUUCACGUUAGCAGGCAUAAUGAAAGACAUUUUUGGAAAGCAUCCAGUAUAAAUAUAGUUGUGAUUUCAAUCGCAGUACCAUUUGAUUCAAUCAAUAAAUGAAUUAUGAGCGCUAUUUCAGGCAAUCGAUUGUCUGAAUUUUUUUCUAAAGCUUUAGAUUUGUAUAUUUAAAAUAUUUAAAGGUUUAUUAUGACACGAAUGGUCUGGUAUCACCUUAUUCUGAAUCGGUUGAAAAUAUAUAUUUUUCACAAGUGACUGCUGCAUACUUUGAGAUACUUUUUGAUCCAUUGCAAGGACUGCAUAUAUAAUAAUUAUUUCUGUUGUGUGUUGUUGCAGUUUUUACAUCAGAAUGUCCUAAAAAGCCCGUGGAGUCUGGGAGCGCAUGAGGCGCCCUGACCGCACUUCCCCGUGGUGGAAGCUGUCCAGGCCUGAGCAAGCUAUUAUAGCACAGUGCAGUACAGGCCAUUGUCCUGUUGGCUCAUAUUUCUUGUGGCAUGGCCGAAUUUUGAUUCACGGUGCCCCCGCUGCGGGAAGAAGAGGAAACCGUGCCUCAUAUUCUGUUUGACCUCCAUCUCAACAGAUCUGGGAAACCCAAAAUUCUCGACCUGUAUGGCGACAUUUAUGCACUACGCAAGACAGCAGGGUUUCUGUCCAAGGCUUUUGCAAGAGAGGAUUUGAGCCUCUCAAGCCCUCACUCAAAUGGAGUUUGAUGAUGAUGAUGAUGACUUCAGAAUGUUCAAGUAUAUUAUUGUCAAGUUGUUUAUGUUGAUUGUACAUAUUCUCACUUGUGAUGAUCAAUUUAGUUGUGAUAAUAAAUUUGAGCGGAUUCUUUGUCCCCCUUUGAGACAAUUAGACUCUGAAAUAAAGUAACCACAGAACAAAGCCAUAAAAUACUAAUUCCAACUUGAAUGAAUUAAUCCAACAAGAAUCAUCACAUUAGUUCAAAUCACAUUAUUGAAUCACAUACAAUGUUGUCUGAUUAGUUAAAUUAAUUUACAGAACCAACCAAGUAAUAAUCAUUUAACAAACUGUUUUAUUCCAAGCUAGGCUGCAUGGUCGUUAUAAUAGUCACAAAACCUAGUACCCACCGGCUGAAUCUUGUAUAGAACUUUCCAGUUUAGUUUUGUUUACCCCAGUGAAUUCUAGAACACAAUAUACAUGACUCCAUCAUGAUUUCUUUUUUUCACUACUAAUUAUUGACAAUUAUAUAAUAAUGAAAUAGACUUAUCCUAGGUCGAUAAGUUAUGGCGAAUGGUUAUGGUUACAUCCAUGUUUGAAUUUUUUUUUUUACUUUUAAGAAUGAUUUUGCUAAAUCUUUAAGUUGGUUUUGAGUAAACUUUUUUUUUUGUCUCAUAAUAUUUCUUUUAAAGCUUAGUUUUAACAACCAUUUAUUACAUAAACAUAGACAUCAACUAUUUCUAAAUGAAGUGUAUUUGAAAACUAACUUAACUUGGUCUAAUGUGCCCCUGGCCUAUGUAUCAGCAUUUAAUGCAUUUUUAGCAUAUGAAAAUUAUUAUUGUAAACUUUUUCAGAGUUCUAUUUAUUGUUUUAGUCUAGUCAUUGUCAGAGUGUCAUUACAUCUCCCAGCACAAAUAAUGUCAGUGUGUCAUUUUAAAAAUGUGUCUCUUGUAUUAGAACCAUUGUCAUUGCUUUUUUGUUGUAUAAAUUACACCUGUACUUUCUUAACAGAAGAUAAUUAAUUUUGUCCUGUACAUAUCCAUGUGUCAAUCUGUUAGUAAGAGUCUUAAACUUGGCUAAGUCAUUGAUUUUCCUGGCUGAUUCAGGCAACUGAUUCCAUGCUCUAGAGAAUCAACUGACUGAUUCAGACCAAGUAAAUCACAGAAUUAAGUUGAAUAUAUGGGCAGACUACGCCACAUUUUUUUCUCUUAAUUAACUAGCUCCCUUGAUUGAAAUUUGUCACAAAAUAUUACAUUUACACUAAACAUCAUCUGUUGCUUUAUAUAUAACACUUAAGUCAAUGAUUCUAAAAUUGUAUGCUGCAGGGUUUGAGUAGACUAAAAAGGGACAGUAUGACAUUGCUAUGUAUUAAAAGUUGUUUGGUUCUGACUAGGAAAAUUUUCACCUCACUAAUGGGUGUAGUGAAAGAAAAAUGUUUUGAAACUAAUGCAUUAAUGAUGAAAUGCAAGGAUGAGAUGUAGUGAUACUUUUAUUAUUGAGAUGAAUCAUAUUUAAUGUUAUUUGUCAACAAUGAGGGAUGCAUAAUAGAGAGUUAUUAUUUUCUAUUGUCAUUUUAUUGUACUGGUAUAUAGUCAGUUUAGACUACUGGUAUAUUGUCGAUCUAGAGUACUGGUUUAUUGUCAGUUAAGAGUACUGGUAUAUUGUCAGUUAAGAGUACUGGUAUAUUGUCAGUUUAGAGUACUGGUAUAUUGUCAGUUUAGAGUACUGGUAUAUUGUCAGUUAAGAGUACUGGUAUAUUGUCAGUUAAGAGUUCUGGUAAUCAGUAUCAAAUAUAAUGUACUGAGAGUAUCAUAACCUCUGAUUUAAAAAAAAAAAUGUAUUCCUGUAAGCGCCCAGGGGAGCGUAGGGGCUGCUACCAUACCUCUCCACUAAAUGUAGUUCUGAUCAGCUUUUUUCAUUUCCUCCCAUGUCAUUCCAGUAUCCUCAGCUUCUCUGAUGACUGGCCUCUUCCAGUUUUUUUGGGGGGGCAUUCCAACUUGUGGAUUCCAAUCAGCCUUGCAACUUUGGUUUUUCCUAUACAGCUUUUUCGCUUUUUAAUAUCUUGGGCUAUGGGUUUUCGCUUGGUUCUCUCCCACAAGUUGACUGUAGAUAUUUUUUCGAGCCACACUUAAUUCCCGAUAUACAGCAUAGGCAACUGUUGGCCAAGGUCUGAAGUUUUUCCAUAUUUGUUUUUGUAUUUCUCUAUAUCUCGGAACUGUAUGGAACAUGUAACGUUUGUGAACAAAUUUGGAUCUUGUUCUGUAAAGACAUAGCCUCUAAAAUUAAGACUCAUUACAUCAAUGGUAUUGAUUACAUUCAUUAUUUUUCAUUUUUUGCUAUUAAAUGUCAUGUGUUUGUCUAGUGCUGUGUGUCUGGAAAGGAAACACAAGCUACGAGUUUCAGAUUCAUAGAGUUUUGUAUAGAAAUAUAAGUUCAAGUUUUAAAAACUUUCCUUGAAAAAAAGAAGAGCUUCCAUUGUUAUAUUUAGACCUAUAUAUUUUAACAAAAUUAUAAUACAUGUUAUGAUCAAUUAUUGUUUAUGUACAAUUUAUUUUAAAAAAAAAUGUAUAUGAUUUAAAAGAAAAAUAGUUGUGCCAAUAAAUAUUUAAUGCUGUGCAAGUUGAGUUGUUUUACCUGUGUAAAAAACUGUUUAUUUCAUUGGAUUGUACAAAUAAUUUUUUUUUAUAGUUUUUUACAAAAACUGGAAAAAAAUGUGCUUGGGAUCAAAAUAUUGUCUUAAAAUUGUAUUAUGCAAUACAAUAUUCUGGAUCAAAUUUUGAUCUGAUGUAAGAAAGAAGCCAUGUUCAAAUCAUUUAUGAAGCUGUUAUUGUAUAUAUUUUGUACAUAGUGUAAUGCUUAAAAAAACAAAAAGAACCGCCAACUUUUAUUUUAAAAAGUAUUAUUUCUAAAUUCUUACUCAUUAAAUUCUUUUUAAAAAAUGUUUUUACUCUUAAAAAAAAACAAAACUGUUCAUAACUAAUUUUUUAAAACCCAAUAUAAGACUAAUGUAAAGCAGGAAGCAGAUUUAUUAGGCAAAAUACCACUCACCUGUUCUAAAACAAGUUUGGUGUCCUUAUUUAUUUAGAUAGAGAAAUAAUGUAAAUGACAUUUACAUGCUAUCCAAAUGGAAGGAAAGAAAAGUUGUUUAUCAAAAUAGAUUAAUUAUUAGAUUACAUUAAUAGAAUUUAUUUUUAUUGUUUGUUUCCUUCAUUUUUCGUCUUAAACUUUUUAAAAUUCAUUUCUAUUUCUCAUACAUGUAUAACUGAUUUUUAUGAAAUUUGUAAGCCAUGUAACAGUAGAAAAAAUGUUGCCCACAUGAAAUUUUGUGUUUUUAAUCAUAAAUAUAAUUUCUUUUUAAGAAUUAGUUAAAAUGUUAGAAUUUAGGGACAAUUUAAUCUUUAAAAAAAAAAAUGAAAUAUUGGAUUAAAAAUGCAUGUGCACAGAAUUUAAAUACUAUUUGUUUCACUAUUUUUAGAAAAUUUUCAGUUAAAUUGUAAUAAAGUUACUAAAGUAGUAGUCUUUUUUCUUUAUUAAUUAGCAUGUUUAAAAAUGACAGCAUUACCAUGACAACUGACAUUUACAAAAAUACUUCCUAAUAUGCUGUUGUCUUUUAUAGCUAAUUAUUUUUUUUAAUUGUUCACUGAAGUUCAAUGCAAACUCUGAUUAUGUGUAUAUGUACAUGAUUAAUAUGUGCUGUUGCUAUGUUUACAUUUUGAAGCAUUAAUUCUGACAGACUCACAAUACAUUUUGUAAUAUAAUCUACUCAUUAAUAAUCCGAAGGUCAGAUCCUGGGAUGGCAGCUUGGUAUUUUCAUUGUGUCUCUGAGUGUGACUUUUCAUUCUAAUGAUCACUUGCAAAUACCUAAAUAUUGUUUGGGGCAUCUCUUAUCAAUCUUCUUGGUGAUAGAGUGCUAAGGCCACUUGGCCAUUUCCUUAGGUGCUUUGGUUUAAGUCGUGUGAGCACUGAGAUUUUUAUGCUGGUUAAUGCUUUUGUGUCUGCCCAGCUCUAUAGGAUACCUGACAUCAGAGAAACUAGAAAAGUCUUGUGUGACAAAAACACAUUAAUAUAAGUGCAUAGAAUAUUGAACUUUAAUUACAACUACAUCUUUCAGUCAUGACUGGCUAUUAAUAUAAUUUUUUUAAAGUCAAAUACCUCUAUCAGACCUUGCAACCUAUAGGGCAGAUGAUGUCAAGGCCAUGUGUUUUUAUAGGAUAGAUGAUGUAAAGGCCAUGUGUUUUUAUAGGGUAGAUGAUGUAAAGGCCAUGUGUUUUUAUAGGAUAGAUGAUGUCAAGGCCAUGUGUUUUUAUAGGGUAGAUGAUGUCAAGGCCAUGUGUUUUUAUGGCAAACAAUUAACAAGAAUAUCACGUUGCUUGGGCAUGACCAGCCAGCCAACUAAUGUCAGGGUAGCCAUAAUAGUUGUGUGGACUCGGGGGUGCCCUAAAAAUCUCAAAGUUCAAAAUCAUUGUCCUCAAACCUGGGACCCUUUGGUUCGGGGUCCAAUCACUCUACCACUCAGCCACAUCAUCCAUUGGUUAUUUGAAACUCUGAACUCAAUGUUUCCAUAGAAUGGGUCCACAAGGUUUAAGCAUGAGAGCGACUUUGAUAUAGAAAUGAUCAGAACUUGACCACAUAUAUGACCAACUGUUAUAAAGUUUUGAUUUUGUGUCUGUAAAGUGUAGUCCUUAAACAAGCACAUUUAUGUUAUCUUCUGACAUUUCCUUGUAAAGGUAUUAAUGUUUGAUUUUGAAUUUUUUUGGCACAUCGACACAAUGCAGGCCAUGUCGUGCCCUAAAGGAAUUAAUUUUGAUGUGUUUAAAGUCAUCACUAACUAGACAGAUGAGUGUUGCUUAAGCAGUGACCAAAUAUUUUGUGCUGUGGAACUGUACAUGUUUAAUGCAAGGGGGGACCACUGAAACGUGUAGAGGAGAAAUAGAUUAAUGGUAAGCCAUAUUGCCUCCCUUCUGGUAAUACAUCAUAACAUUUUGAAUAAACCAGUGGUUCCCAAACUUUGUCCUCAACGGAACUCUUGGCACAUUCUGGGUAUUCAGAGGAACACUUUGCUUAUUAUUUUUAGAGACAUUAAUUCACCUGGCGCAAAACUAGUUAAUUAUUCCAGCAGUUCGUGGAACACCUAUUCAGGCCUCAUGGAACACUACGUUCCGCAGAGCACAGUUUGGGAAACACUGGUUUAAAAGUACUUUUUACUCAAGGUCAUGUUAAAAUGUGAGCAGAUCUUCCUUUCUCUACUUUUGAAGUGAAUUGUUCAUUCACAUUUUUUAGAAUGUGAAAAGUUUGUUUUAUGUUAACCACUUCAUGUUUUUAUAUUACCAGUUCACUAUUACUUCAAGUAUGAGCAAAGUAAAUCAUUGUGAUAUUAUAGUGAAUGAUUUCAUUGGAUAUUAUCAAUAUGUACAAAUUAUUUUUAUCGUCCAUUAUAUUUUGAUAAGUACACAAGAUACUAUUCCAAUGUAUAAACAUGCAUUCUAGAGCUAUAUUUUAAAACCAAUGAUUGCAUUAUAUUUAGAAAAGCAUAUUUUAGUAUAGUUGCUAGAUUACUUUCUUAUACAUAGAUAUACACCCCCAUCUUUUCCAUCAUGUCUCAACAAAGUUUAUGUAUGUCAGUGUAAAGCUUCUAUCCAAAGGUGAUAUUUAUCAUUUGACUUGUACAGACAGGAAGAAACAACUUCGGAUGUAAUCAAAAAUUGUUUCUUUCAAUGAUAAAUAAAAAUAAAAACUUCACUUGGAAGAUAAAC